AUGACGUAAGCACCCGAUCUCCUUCGAUCACUUCUUGUUGCCAUGGCUAUGGAGGAGAUCGAGAGGGUUGGAAUCGACGACAACUAGGUGGUAAUUCAACCUUGCUAUCGUCCUCUAUCACAGGCGAAAUGUCGGCAAAAGUUGCUCUCUUGUCUGUCUCCGACAAAACUGGUCUCUUGGACCUGGCCAAGGCACUGCACGGCGUCAACGUGCGGUUGGUCGCCUCCGGAGGUACUGCUAAGGCUAUUCGGGAUGCUGGGCUUCCUGUCAGCGAUGUGGCCGACAUAACCCAAGCGCCAGAAAUGUUGGGUGGUCGAGUGAAGACUCUGCAUCCGGCUGUCCACGGAGGAAUCCUCGCCCGCGAUAUUGAUCAGGAUAAUGCGGACAUGAAGGCUCGGGGAUACGACAAGAUUGACUUUGUCGUGUGCAAUUUGUACCCUUUUGAAAAGACUGUCGCAAAGGAAGGGGUCACCAUUCCGGAAGCUGUUGAGGAAGUCGACAUUGGUGGCGUUACUUUACUACGAGCUGCUGCGAAGAAUCACGCACGCGUUACGAUCGUAUCAGAUCCAUCCGACUACCCAACCCUCAUCGCUGCACUGCAAAAAUCUCAUGCAGAGACUGGGGUUGCGACUGUUUCCGAGGAAAUGCGCAAGACGUUUGCCUUGAAAGCGUUCACACAGACUGCUGAUUAUGAUGCCGCCAUAUCUGGCUUCUUUCGCCAGCAGUACGCUGGAAACGGCCGACAGCAAUUGACUCUCCGAUACGGGGCCAACCCUCAUCAGAAACCUGCUCAGGUGUUCGUGAAGCAUGGAGAACUGCCAUUCAAAGUGCUUGCAGGUUCGCCUGGAUACAUCAACCUUCUGGAUGCCCUUAAUGCUUGGCCAUUAGUCAAAGAACUUAAACAAGCAUUAAACCUGCCAGCGGCUGCAUCAUUCAAACACGUAUCUCCUGCAGGUGCUGCUGUAGGCCUCCCUUUGACCGACGUCGAGAAGAAGGUUUACGCUGUCGAAGACAUUCAAUUGACACCUCUUGCCGCGGCUUACGCACGUGCGCGAGGAGCAGACCGCAUGUCCUCCUUUGGAGAUUGGAUUGCCCUCUCCGAACCAUGCGAUGAAGCUACUGCCAAGAUCAUAUCUCGGGAGGUGUCGGACGGAAUCAUCGCGCCUGGGUACUCACCAGCGGCCCUGGAGGUUUUGAAGAAGAAGAAGGGCGGAAAGUACACCGUUCUCCAGAUCGACCCGGCCUACGAGCCCGAAGAGCAGGAAACACGCCAAGUCUAUGGAUUGCACCUCCAACAGAAACGCAAUGAUCUGCUCAUCACUCGUCAGGUCUUCAACAAUGUGGUCACUAAGAAGGUUACCUCACUACCUGAAGAUGCCGUGCGUGAUUUGAUUGUCGCAACCAUUGCUCUCAAGUACACACAAUCCAAUUCUGUUUGCUACGCGAAGAAUGGUCAAGUUGUGGGCCUGGGUGCUGGUCAGCAGUCCCGAAUUCACUGCACCCGCUUGGCCGGUGAUAAGGCCGACAAUUGGUGGUUCCGCCACCACCCCAAAGUCCUUGGAUUUCAAUUCAAGAAGGAAACCAAACGUCCCGACAAGGCCAACGCCAUUGACCUGUAUGUGACAGAUCAAAUUGACGACCGGGCGACCUGGGAAUCCCUUUUUGAAGUCGUUCCUGAACCAUUAACUGCCGAAGAGAGGAAAGCAUGGAAGGCAGAAAUGAAGGGCUUCGUACUCAGUUCUGAUGCUUUCUUCCCCUUCCCUGACAAUGUACAACGAGCAGCCCAAAGUGGAGUGCAGUUCAUUGCUGGAGCUAGUGGAAGUGUUAUGGACGACGCCGUCGUGAAAGAGGCUGAUGAGAAAGGAAUUGGAUACGUCUUUACUAAAUGGCGCUUGUUCCACCAUUAGAUGGAGCACCUUUGGGUGUGGUGUCAACGGGAGGUUUGAAUUUUGUUUUCCUUAUCACUGUACUUUUCAAAUGUUAUUAGAUGCAAUUCACUGUACAAGGUUGAUGAUGGUGUCCACACAAAAUGUUGCAUCUACGCGCCACAAUCAGCUCUGCCAGCCGAAUUUACUAUUCGUUAUGAUGCCCGCCUCCCACAAUAUGACUCGCCACACUUGCAACUCGU